CCGCUCGUAUCCACAUUUCUCACAAAGGUUCUCUCUGAUGUCGACGCUGGCGUGCGUUCCGCGACGGUAGAAACCGGACGCUUGAUGAUUGACGCACACGGUGCAGAGCACACGCAACAGCUACUUGCUGUUUACGAAGCAUACUUCGACCGAGGAGGAAGUAGAGGUAAUCUAUCGGAAGAAGCAGAGGAUCACGUUCGACAAGGCGUCAUCGUUUUUCUCGGCGCACUUGCGGUGCACUUAGACAAAGAGGAUGAGAAAGUUCGCGCAAUCUUGACUCGCUUGCUCGAGGUUUUAAGCACACCAUCCGAAGCUGUACAGCGUUCAGUGGCGGAUUGUUUACCUCCUCUCAUGAAGAAGCUCAGUGCUGAAGAGCAACAAGCUUUGGUUGAUGCUCUGCUGCAGCAACUCACGACGAGCCAUGCGUAUGCCGAUCGGCGAGGCGCGGCGUUUGGCCUGGCAGGUGCCGUCAAGGGCAUCGGUAUGAGCAGUCUCAAAGGCAUGAACAUCAUGGACACUCUGAAGGUAGCGAUCGAGGACAAAAAGAAUCCCGAAUCGAGAGAAGGCGCGGUUAUGGCUUUUGAAUUAUUCUGCACGAGGUUGGGCAGGCUUUUUGAGCCAUACGUCGUGAACAUUCUGCCCAUGCUUCUAGUUUGUUUUGGCGACGUUACUGCCCCCGUUCGCGAAGCCACGCAAGCGGCAGCGCGCGUAAUCAUGGCAAAUUUAUCUGCGCAAGGCGUGAAGCUUGUUUUACCGGCACUUCUUUGCGGGGUCGAUGACGACAAAUGGCGUACGAAACAAGGUUCGGUUCAACUGCUCGGCGCGAUGUCAAACUGUGCCCCGAAACAGCUUGGAGCGUGCUUACCUCAGAUCGUGCCUCGUCUGAGCGAAACGUUGAUUGAUACCCAUCCGAAAGUCGUAGAGGCUGCAACGCAAGCCCUCAAGGCAGUGGGUGACGUUAUUCGCAACCCAGAGAUUAUCGCUUUGAGUAGCUAUCUCCUCGGCGCUAUUCAAGAUCCCACAAGACGUACAAAAGCAUGCUUGGACGUACUGCUCGAAACGACGUUCGUGAACGUGGUCGACGCGCCUUCGCUCGCACUCAUCGUACCGGUCUUGGUUCGCGGUUUGCGCGAACAGAAAGCAGAUAUGAAGAAGAAAGCGGCUAAGAUCGCUGGGAACAUGAGUGCUCUCGUCGCCGAUCCAAAAGACAUGGCUCCGUACAUCCCCAUGCUCGUCCCCGAGCUCAAGAAGGCUCUGAUGGACCCAAUUCCAGAAGUACGCGGCGUUGCCGCGCAAGCACUCGCAGGACUGAUUAACGGUCUAGGUGAAGAGUACUUUGAAGACUUACUCCCGUGGAUGAUGCGCGCCAUGCAAAGCGACGGCACAAGCGUGGAGCGCUCUGGCGCCGCGCAAGGUUUGUCUGAGUGCUUGGCCGUACUUAGCACGGAUCACUUCGACGCGCUCUUCCCAGAAAUCCUUUCUGGUUGUGCCAACGCAUCAUCGGCCGUGAGAGAAGGUCACUUGACUCUACUGCGAUUCCUACCGAUAUCACUUGGUGACGUCUUUGAGGCACAUCUCGUCGACGCACUAGCGUGCGUUCUCCAGGGCUUGGCUGAUGAAGACGAACCCGUUCGAGAAGCCGCGCUGAACGCGGGCAGAGUAUUUGUCGAAGAAUUUUCUCACAGUGGUAGUUCGCUAGAUUUGAUUUUGCCGGCGAUCGAAGACGGUAUCGUCUCCGAUAACUGGCGCAUUCGCCAAUCCUCUGUUGAGCUUCUCGGUUCGAUGUUGUUCCGCAUUAUCGGCUCGAGUGGCAAGGUGCGCGUUGAGGGUGGUGAUGAUGCCGAAGGCAUCUCCACCGAAGCACAAGGACAAAUGCUCAGUAAUACGUUGGGUGAAAUUCGUCAUCACAACUUGCUUGCCGCUGUUUACAUUCUUAGAUCGGACGGAACUUUGAGCGUGCGAAACGCUGCAGUUCACAUUUGGAAAACCGUCGUCGCGAACACUCCGAAGACUCUCAGAGUCAUAUUACCUUUACUCAUGCAGCGCGUGAUUUCAACAAUGUCUGGCGGUUCGGACGAUCGUCAGCAGACUGCGAGUCGAUGUCUUGGCGAUGUCGUGCGAAAGCUGGGCGAACGCGUGCUCGUAUCCGUCUUGCCAAUCAUGCGAGAAGGGUUAAAGAGCGAGCUCGCCGAGCAUCGCGAAGGCGUCGCCUUGGGUUUGGCUGAAAUAUUAUUUGCGGCGACAGAUUCUCAACUCGAAAAUCAUUACGACGUCGUCAUUCCUACCGUUCAAGACGCGCUGUGCGAUGAAGAUGAAAGGGUACGUAGCGCCGCUGGCGCGGCGUUCGACAAACUCUUUCAGCACGGCGGCGGACACGCCGCGGGUGAGAUCGUCCCGGCACUCCUGGAACAGCUGGAGUCGAGCCCGACCGUACUCGAGGGCUUGAAGCAAGUGCUUAAGGCGCAGCCAAAGAUUCUUGCCACCGUGCUUCCGAAUUUGGCGCAACCGCCGCUGUCAAUUUCAGGAGCUCGAACGCUCGGCGCGCUCGCAGAAGUCGCAGGCACCGCCUUGCCUCCCCACCUUCCUUUGUUGAUCCCGCCUCUUCUCGAAGCCAUGGCCGAUGAUGAUGAAGAAAGCCGGUCGGCGGCGAGUUCUGCAGCGCUCGCGGUCAUCAAGGCUGUUCCUGAGAAUUCGUCGCACCUGUUGCUGACAGAAAUAAAACGCGGAAUGACGGAUGAGUACCCGGGUUGUCGAGCCGCGGCAGCGAAACUGGCGGGUGAAUACGCCAAGAACGCGCCUGGCUACGACGGAGAUUCAGAAACAGAGGUGUUGAUAAAAAGGUUGUUCGAGCUCUUCACUGACACCGACGAGGCCGUGCUGCUCGCCGCAUGGAGCGCCAUGGGAGACGUCACCGCCACUAUUUCACGACAGGAGCUUCCAGAAUACGUCGAGUGUGUAUCGAAGGCUUUGACUCUCGCGCGUGACAAAGUUCGUCGCGCUAACAAAGCAUCACACGAAUAUCUUAUCCCCGCACUCUGUCUUCCGAAAGGUCUUGCGCCCAUCGUGCAAAUCUUUCUCCAAGGUGUUCUCUCUGCAGAGAGCGCGGAUGCUCGAGAAGACGCGACAAAGGGCCUGACGCUUGCCGUCUCAAGUACGACUUCCGCGGCUUUGAAAGCGCACAUUAUCGCGAUUACCGGCCCUCUUAUUCGUGUCGUUGGCGAUAAGCACCCGAGCGCCGUGAAGAGUGCGAUCCUGGAAUCGCUUGGUGUGUUGAUCAACAAGGGAGGCAUCGCGUUGAAACCAUUCGUUCCGCAGCUUCAAACGACGUUCGUGAAGUGCCUAUCCGAUGUGCAGAUAUCUGUGCGCAUGAAAGCUGCGACCGCUAUCGGUUUGUUGAUGGCUCUGCAGACUCGUGUAGACGCACUGGUCAAUGAUUUGAUCAGUACGGUCGAGUCCGAUGAGACUGAAGCCGGUAUUCGCGAAUCGACAUAUAAAGCCAUCGCCGGCGUAUUUGCGUACGGCGGGAAGAACAUUGCAGCACCCAAUGUGACGCGCGCCGUUGACGCGGCAUACGCCGCGCUCGCUUCAUCGUCAUCGGGCGAGCGAGCUUGCGCGAGUUUGGCGCUAUCCCGCGCGUUUGUGUGGUGUCCAACAGAAGAGCGCACCGCCGUGUUGGAAAGACUCAACGCCGGCGAUGGUCGCGCGGCCGAGCAUCGUGAAGGUGUUGCGGACGCUUUAUGCCAGAUUUCACGAGCAAACGGGCAAGUCAUCAUGAAUGAUCACGCAUCAAUUACGCUUAAUGCGCUCGUUCGCGCUGCGAGUGAUGAACGUCCGCCGAGUCGAGCCGCAGCUGCUCGCGGACUUGGUGCGCUUGCAGCCAUUUCCGCGACAACUUCGGGAGGUGCGUCACCGUAUCUGAGUAAGCUCAUGCCAGUGUUGAGUAAACUCUUGCGGGAUGCAGUCAUAGAAGUGCGCUACGCCGCGACACGA